AUGGCUGAAAAUUCAAAGUUUAUCAGGGAAAUUGCUACAACUGCCAUAGACAAGACAAAGUUGCCGCACAACGUAGGCAAAUACAAUGGGCUAACAGAUCCAGAUGACCACCUUCAAGUUUUUAAUGGCGUAGGAGCAACAGGUGGAUGGAACCUGCCAACUUGGUGUCAUCUAUUCGCACAAACAUUUAUCGGCGCAGCGCGCGUCUGGUUUGACAGUUUGCCAGCGGGAAAAAUUAAAUCAUGGGUCGACUUCCGAGAGAAGUUCCUCGCACACUUCUCUCAACAGCGAAGACAUACCAGAGACCCGGCCGAUUGUUUGAAUAUAUGGCGCCGAGACCACGAAAGCGUGGAAGAUUUUAUCACAAGAUAUAACAAAGAAUGUCUAGAAAUCGGAGACGUGGGUGAAAAGAUGAUGCGCGCAUAUUUCAUGAGGGCAGUCAAAUGCGAUGAUCUAAUCAAGCGCGUGAAAGGAAGAGACGGAGGACCCAAAGAUUGGGAAACCUUCAUUGAGGCAGCAAAAACCAUUACGCAAACUGACAAACAGUUGACCGGUGAUGACCACCGUCAGCGCGGAUAUACCCACGGCGAUCGGAACAAAAAUGGCAGAAGCCAAUCAUGGAAGGCGUCCGGCCACAGAGAGAGAAGCCCAGCAAGGGAAGAUGCGCGCCACACAAUCAAUCAAAUAGCCCACCGAAAAGAAGUGAAAAGAGAAAACAGGGAGAAACAAUGGACACCACUGACAAAAACCCCUUCUGAAGUCUUGGACACUGAAAAUCACCAGUUCAAACCACCCCUACAGAUGCGCAACAAGAGGGGUCAAGAUCCCAAUCUCUUCUGUGAAUUCCACAAAGACACAGGCCACCUAACGGACGACUGCUUCAGUCUAAAACAAGAAAUAGAAAGGGCUUUAAGAGAUGGAAAGCUCACACAUUUGGUAAAGGGCGGAAAGCGCGAAUACCGCCAAAUGCAAAGAAGAGAAGAAGGGCCGGAUAACAAAAAACUCCGCAAGUUAGAAACCCACAUGGUUCAGGGAGGCCCACGAAGGCCAAGGAAAAAUUACAACAAGUGCGCACAAGAUGACUCAUGGCGCGAGAAGCAAGUUAUUUUCCCAAUUGUUAGAGGUGGCCCGAGAGAAAAAAGACCCAUCGUCAUUUCCGGGGUAAUUGGUCACUACCAGAUCGAUUACAUUUUUAUCGACCCAGGGAGCACCGCAGAUAUCAUAUACGAACAAUGUUUCAAUCAGUUUGACCAAGAAGAUAAAGCGCGCUUGGAACCAGUUGAUUAUCCACUAACUAGUUUCUGCAACGAAGCCGUUUUCCCUCUUGGCCAAAUAUCAUUCCCGGUGCUGCUCUCAGACGGAAGAAACUCAAGAACAGAAGAGGUCACAUUCAUGGUGCUGCCAGCACGUUCAAGACAUGACAUCCUCUUAGGAAGAGAAUCCCAGGGAGACUUCAGCAUGAUAUGCUCUGCGCCACACUUAGCCGUUGGAUUCCAAACACAAAUAGGCAUAGCAUUAAUAUACGUAAGCAAAGAGGUCUUAGCAACGGAUGAGGUCAGACCUGCAAAGGCAAGUAAACCAACACCGCGCGCAGAAGCAGAAAAAUGGGUACUGAACAGUGCAUACCCAGAACAGACAGUUACCUUAGGACCUGCGAUAUCCGAUUUAACGCGCGCGGCGCUCAAGAAGUUGUGGCACGAAAAUAUGGAUGUGUUUGCCUGGACACCAGCCGAUAUGGUGGGUGUUCCACGGCACAUAGCAGAACACCGGUUAAAUAUCUCAGAGGAAGCGAAGCCAGUGGUAUAUGCCAAGCGCCACUUAGGAGAUAUAAAACACGAUGCCAUGAAAGAAAAAGUAAUGGAGCUGUUGAACGCGGGCAUCAUUAGAGAAGUCAGAUACCAAACAUAG